AUGAAUCUAGAGAUACAGAACGAAAUAAGUGUUACAAAACAAAUAUCUAACUUUCUUUAUACCCUUCAAACAAAGGGAAUUGUUGCAACAAAAAAUUCAGUUAAUUUAUUUCUUAAAGAAAAUAAAUUACCACUAUCAGUAAAUUUUGGAAGUACUGGGUUUUAUUAUGAAAGAAGAGUUGUUCCAUUAAUUAAACAAGAAAGAGAAUACGAUUGUUCUAUAAAGAGACAGGAAAUAUUAAAUCAAAUUAAAAUAACUCCAAAAGAAUGUAUUUUUUCAUUAGAAGAAUAUGGAUAUCAGAAUUAUCGAGAUAAAAAAAUGUAUGUUAUCACUAGAAGAUCUCUUAUUCAGUAUAGUGAAAGAUUUGAAUUAGGUAGAGAAUCUAAAUUGUCUAAUAAAGUAAUGAUUAUAGGAUUAGAUGGAUUUAAGUUUGAAAUAUUUCAUGUUAAAGGAGAGUAUUAUACAUUUGAUCAAAUGAAAGAAUGGUUUAUUAAGAAAGUAAUACCACAAAUAAUUAAUAGAAAAAUGAAGUUUCAAGGAAAAAGAUUUAUUUUAUUAGAUGAAUAUUUUCAAGAAGGUUUCAAUAAUAUGAAAGAACUUAAGAAUUGUAAUAUUGAAUUAAUCUUUUUAAAUCACUCUGAAACCAAGAAAUUAAAUCCUUUAACUCUUGCACUUAAUGAUUAUGAAUUAGAUUAUUCAGAGUUAAAAGAAGAAGUAUUAGAUAUGAUAUGUACUAAAUGUGGGUUAUUCGAAAGUAAUUUUAUAAGAAGUUUAUCUAAAACAAAUGAUAAUCAAAGAGUUGAGGAUAAAGAAAAAACCUGUAAAAGAUUUAAUAAUGAAUUAAGAAGUGUUAAUAUAAAUAAAAAAAUAAAUAGUGUAGAUACUAAAACAAAUAUGAAAAAAGAUUUCAAUGAUAAUUUUUUAUUAAUUCAAAGAAUAAUAAAAGAAGAAAAUACAUUUUCAGAUAUUAGUAGUUGGUCAGAAAAUGAUGAUAGUAUCAUUGAAAUCCCAGCACUAACUAAGAUAAAAAGAAGAAAAGAAAUUGAGUACAUUUUAGAUGAAGAUUUUUAUGAAGAUAGUUCAUUAAAGGAAUUAGUUGAUGAGAAUGAGAUUUAUAGUGAAGAGUCUGAUUUAUUUAUUAAGAAGAAAGAAGAUAUUACCAAAAAGUUUUAUUUGCAACUUACAAAAGAGCAAAAAAAAAUUUAUCAUUGGUAUGUUAAACGAUAUUCUGAGAAAGAGUCAAUGGUUUUAAAAUUAUUAGAGAGAAAUAUUCAACAAGAAAUUAAAAAAGAAACUCAAAGAAAAGAAUUUAAAAUAAUAAAUAAUGCAUUUGAACAAUUUAUAUUUCUUUAUCUAAGACAUCCUUAUGAUAUAGAAGAAAUAGAUAAAAUUUUUCAUAAUAGAUUUAUAGUACUUGAAGAUUCUUUAAUUUUUAUAUCAAAAGAAAAACUCAAUCAAUUUAUUUUUCAAUUACAAAAUACUGAAAGAAUUUAUGGAUUUCUUAGUGUUAAUCAAAUACAUUCAAUAGCACAAAAAAAUGGAAUAAAUUUUAAUUAUAAUUUAGUUAAUGAAUUUAAUGUGUUUGGAUGGAGAGAAAUUGUAGAUCCAAACAUAAUAUUCUAUCAUGACCUUAAUGGUUAUAACAUUGAAAAAAUAGGAGAUGAGUAUAAAAAAAGUUUUAUUGAAAAAUGUAAAGGAGUACCAAAAUCAUUCAUUUUUUGUAUUGGUAAUUUUGGUGGAAUACUUGAUUUGUAUAAACCUCCUAGAUUAGUUGUUAAUAAAUCACUUCAUUUAGAAGAUUUUGUUAAUGAUUUAAAAGAACAUCCAACACAUAUGGAAAGACAAUACCCUGUUUUAUUUCAUGAAGGUAUGUUAUUAUCGAAUGUAAUAGGAUGUAUAUGCGCUGAUGGAACAAGUAUUAAUCCUUUAUUAGUUUGUUCAAAUCAAAACCAAGAAGAAGACUAUUCAGAGAAAGAGAAUGAACAUAUUUUUAUAGGAACAACAUAUAACAUGUAUUGUGAUAUAAAUAACUUUAAAGAAUGGUUCAGAGAGAUUGUUAUUAAAGAAAUUAAUAAAAAGAAAAAUACAAAUAAAUAUUCUUCAAAAAUAAUAUUUAUUGCAAAUGAACAUCUCAAAGAAUAUUUUGAAGAUAAAGAAAUUAAAUUAUAUAUUAAUAUGGAAAAAAUUGAAAUAAUUUAUAAUAAACAAGAAAUUAAUUAUUAUUGGAAUCCAAUUGAUACUUUUAUUCAUUUAAUGGUAAAUGAUGCAUUUGAAAGAAGAAUAAAUCAAAGAAUUAUUGGGACAAUUUCAGAUUAUCGUAAAACUAAAAUGUCAUGGAUUAUUAAAGCAAAUCUAAAUUCAAAUAUUAUUCAUAAAAGUUUUCAAUCAAUUGGAUUAAAAAAUAAUUUAGAUAAAGAUAAAUUAGAAUUUAUGUCUAAAGAAGAACAAAUUGAAUUUAAUAAAUUAAAAGAAAAAGAGCUUCAUCAACCUAUUCAAAUUCAAUUAAGAAAACAAAAAUUUUCUUUUGAAAUAAAAUAUACAAAACCAUUAUAUAGAACAAUAUUAAGUUGUAUAUUAAAACAUAUUGAAUGGAAUAUGUUAGAUAAUAAAUAUGACCUUUAUGACUAUUUUCUAAAUAACUAUCCUUUCUUUAAAAACACUAACUUUGAUCAAUUUCUUGAAUAUCAAAAACCAAAACAACUUUCUUAUGAACAAAUUAAUCAAUUUAUGAAUAAAAGUAAAUGGGAUGAAAUUGAUACUGAAGAAGAUACAAUUGAAAUAUAUGAACCAUCACCAAAUUUGAGAAUUCAACAAAUUUGUGAAUUAGAUGUUGAUGAUAUUUAA